AUAAAUGUAAAAUUCUAAAUUCGUAAACAUCUUACGAAAUAAAAAGUGUUUUUAUCCUUCCUGAAAAACCACCAACAAUUAACCGAGAACCACCGAUUAACCAAUCCAAAAUAUAAAACUUAUAUACGUAGAACGUAGAAAGUUAUAUAUCACACACAUACACACACACACAGAUUCAAUAUGGAUAUGAAACAUAGUGCUAGCGGCAUGGCUGAGAGUACUGCUGAUUCCUAUAUAGCCACUAGUAAAUCAACAGACAUGAUUACGCCCAAAGAGAAGGACAAGGACAAGAAGAAGGAGAAUAAGGCAAACAAAGCGGAUAAUGCAUUGCCACAAGGCAGCUAUAAAGUCUAUGCUCGUCGCUGGGUGGUACUCAUCCUCUUUGUAUUAUACUCAGCCUCGAAUGCCAUGCAAUGGAUACAAUAUACCAUUAUUAACAACGUAAUCACACGCUAUUAUGGCAUUAGUGAAGAAUGGGUGAAUUGGACAUCGAUGAUAUAUAUGAUUAUAUAUAUACCAUUCAUUUUUCCAGGCAGUUGGUUCUUGGAUAAAGCGGGACUACGUAUUACCGCUUUGGUUGGCAUUGUGGGUACUUGUAUUGGAGCCUGGAUAAAGGUAUUUUCGGUGGAACCAUCUCUCUUCUAUGUAAGCUUUAUUGGUCAAUCGAUUGUGGCCAUGGCGCAAGUUUGCAUUUUAUCACUGCCCGCUCGUUUGGCUGCCGUUUGGUUUGGACCCGAUCAGUGCUCUUCGGCCACUAGUGUGGGCGUCUUUGGCAAUCAGCUUGGCGUGGCCAUCGGAUUUGUUUUGCCACCCAUGUUGGUGCCCAAUUCCGAGGAUCCGGAAACAGUGGGCAAGGAUUUGAAAAUGAUGUUCUAUAUGGUGGCUGGACUUACCAGUGUUCUACUCGUCCUUAUGGUUCUAUUCUUUCAGGAUAAACCACCCACACCACCUUCAGCAGCACAGGAGACUGCACUGCAAUUGGGUAGCGAUCCGGUUGAGCAGACAAACUUUAUUCAAUCUCUUAAAAAUCUAAUGACCAAUAGGAAUUUUGUUUUCCUAUUGAUAUCCUAUGGCAUUAAUGUGGGUGUGUUUUAUGCCAUUUCCACACUCCUGAAUCCGGUGGUUCUUAGGUAUUAUCCAAACCAUGAGGUGGAUGCCGGGAGAAUCGGUCUCAGCAUUGUCUUGGCUGGCAUGUUGGGCUCUGUGGCUUCUGGCAUUGUGCUGGAUAAAACGCAUAAGUUCAAAGAGACGACUUUGGCAGUUUAUGCCUUAUCAAUGGUGGGCAUGUGGAUAUUCACUUUUACAUUGGAUGCGGGACACAUUGCAGUCGUCUAUCUUACAGCCUCACUUCUGGGCUUUUUUAUGACUGGCUAUUUGCCAGUAGGUUUUGAAUUUGGCGCCGAGUUAACCUUCCCCGAACCUGAGGGCACUUCAUCGGGAUUGUUGAAUGCUUCGGCGCAAACUUUUGGAAUUUGUUUUACUCUAUUUUAUUCGGAACUGUUUUAUACUUAUGGCGAUAUUCCGGCUAAUAUCGCAAUGUCUAUAAUGUUAAUACUUGGUACAAUUAUAACGGCCAUUACGAAAUCAGACUUGCGGAGACAGAUGGUUCAGGCCCAGGGACAAGGGCAGGGACAGGUUUCCCAUCUGCCACCAGAAAGUUCUCUUAAUGGCCUAUCGGAAAUUUAAUUUAUUUAAUUGUUUAUUUUUGGUAUGUUCUGUUAAUUAGAUUUUAAGUAAAAUGUGUUAAAUUUGAAAAUAAUUUCAAACUAAAAAAUUAUGUUCAUUAAACAC